AUGAAGGAUCGUAUGUGGAGUUCGGAUAGUAAUAAAGUUGAGGAUGGAUUGAAUGUAGGAGAUGGUGUGAAUAUGGAAGAUCGUGUAGAUCAAGUGAAUUUGGAAGAUGGAGUGAAUGUGGGAAAUGAAGAUGAUCAUGGAGAUGAAGUGAAUGUGGAAGAUGGAGAUGGAGUGAACAUGAAUUUCACUUUCAGUAGUGGAUCUUUUGAACCGUUUGUUGGAAAUGAAUUUGAUGAGGUUGAAGACGUCCAAACAUUUUACAAGGCAUAUGCCAGACGAAGAGAUUUCACAAUGAGGACCAAUCAUAUGAAAUUAUCAAAAGAUGACAGAAAAUUAAUUAGAGUAGAUUAUGUUUGUACAAGAGAUGGAUUUAGGCAUGAAAGUCUAAAACAAAAAGAGCGAAAAAUUCUUGAACCUGCAGAAACAAAGAUUGGUUGUAAAGCAACGAUAUGUAUAAAAAAGGAUGGUGAAAGGUGGAUAAUAUGCAAGUUCGUGCCUGAACACAACCAUGACCUACUCACACCAAGAAGUACUAGCUUGCUCUGUGGACAUAGAGGAGUGACACGUCUCCACAAAAAACUCAUUCUCACUUUGAAUGUGUCCGGUGUACCAACAAAAAAGAUAAUGUCGGUGUUGAGCAAAGAAUCAGGUGGUGAUUUUAACAUUGGUUGUAUUGGUAAGGACGUCAAAAAUUAUUUGGAAAAUAAAAGAAAAAAUUUGUUUGAAGAGGGAGAUGCACAAAGGUUGUAUGCCUACUUUCUUGAUCGACAAUGUAAAGAACCUGAGUUUGUAUACUCCAUACAGGUUGAUGAGAAUGAGUGUAUGGGAAGUUAUUUUUGGGCAGAUGCAAGAUCGAGGUCUGCAUAUCAAUAUUUUGGGGAUCUUGUUACAUUUGAUGCGACGUAUCUCACAAAUAUUUAUAAGAUGCCAUUUGUUCCUUUUUUAGGAGUUAAUCAUCAUCACCAAACCAUAAUGUUUGGUUGUGCGUUGUUAAUCAAUGAAACAGUUGAAUCCUAUAUAUGGUUACUGAGAACAUGGCAGGAAACAAUGCUUGGGCGUGCCCCUUCAACCAUUAUUACUGAUGAUGACAAAGCCAUGGCCAAGGCCAUCGCAGAGGUACUCCCAAAUACAACUCACCGGUUGUGCUUGUGGCAUAUUUUACAUAAAUUUUCUGAACAUUUGGCACAUGUCUAUAACAAGUUUCUAGAAUUUGGAAAAGAGUUCCAUCAUUGUAUCCAUGAGACAAUAAUGACUAAUGAGUUCGAGGAAGAAUGGAGUGCAAUACUGGUGAAAUAUGGUCUGAUUGGUAAUGAAUGGCUGCAAAAUCUUUACACCCAACGGGGUAAGUGGGUCCCGGCUUACUUGCGAACCACAUUUUGUGCCGGUAUGUCAACCACGCAAAUGAGUGAGAGUAUGAAUAAAUUUUUCAAGGAUUAUGUUCGUUCGAGCACGAUGAUGAGUGACUUUGUGCAUUAG